UCAUUUAUUGUAGGCUUCACGUGUUUCUCGUUUUGUUUACAAAUUUUCACAACGAAAUGAAGCCCUUCGAAGUGCCGCCCUGGGAGGCAGGAGCCGAGAUUAUUGAAUUUAAGCCUGUAAAUCCAUCAGGGAAUGGAGUUGGAGCCGCCAAAAAACAAAAGAAAAAGAAACCCAAAAAGAAAAAGGCAGCGGCAUCGGCAGAAGUACCCGAAAUUAAGAAGGCACCUGGAAAAUUCAGUUACCGGCAGGGUGGUGGUCCCUUGGCCCCUCCCCUGGCAUCCUCGGAUGAUGAUGACGAUGUGGAGGACGGAAUCCGGGCCAUGCAUAAGGUGAAGUCCGGAAGAAUCGAGAAGCAGCGACCUCCGACGCAGGCCACAAAAGGUGGCAAGAAGGAACUGAAGCUGAAACCGGAACUAGCGCAGGCGGCCGUGGAGGCAAUGGAGACCACCAGCUCAUCUACUCCGGCUCCCAACGCACUGGCCAGUAAGCUGCAAUCGGAACUCCUGGGCGGACGAUUCCGGUAUAUAAACGAACAGCUCUAUUCGAUGACCAGCCGCAAGGCGGAGGCACUUUUCCGCAAGGAUAGCUCCGCCUUCGAGGCCUACCACGCUGGCUAUCGACAGCAGGUGGAGAAGUGGCCCACUAACCCGCUGAACCGCAUCAUUAAGACCAUCAAGAAGAUACCCAAAACCGCUAUAAUUGGAGAUUUUGGUUGCGGAGAGGGAAAACUGGCUCAGUCUGUGCCCAACAAGGUGUACUCCAUGGAUUUGGUGGCGGCUCGUGGUGACAUCAUUGCCUGCAACAUAACGGAUACCCCUCUGCAAGCUCAAUCUCUGGACGUGGCCGUUUACUGCCUCUCCCUAAUGGGAACCGAUCUGAACGAGUUCUUCCUGGAGGCCAAUCGACUGCUCAAGCUGCACGGCAGUGUCUACAUAGCGGAGAUCCAGUCGCGUUUCGAGGAUGUCCGAGAUUUCGUCCGCUGCCUGAGUGCCUGUGGAUUCGAUUUGAUCAAGAAAGAUGUGGCUGUUAACUAUUUCUACUUCUUCCAGUUCAAGAAGAUGCGGCAUGUGCCCAAGAACACCAAGCUAAAGACUUUCUCUCUGAAACCAUGCUUAUAUCGCAAACGAUAAGGCUGCAGAUGAUGUCCUGGUUCCAAUUGACAAAUGCACGAUAUUGAAAUACCUCUUUCUUGACUCUUAAAAACUCUUUUCAGUUGGACACUAAAUAUCAAUUUCCACAAAUGUAUAGUUUGGAACUUCAAUGUCGGGAAUAGUAUUUGGAAUCAGAGACGGAAACUGCCUAUAUAAAAAUAGUUACUUUUAUACAUUAACUAAAUGUAGGAACCAUUGCCGAAAUAAUUACGGAAAUAAAAGCAUAUGUCCGUACAUCUGUGAAAAUUAUAGUCGGAUACAGGUAAAAUUACACCGUGCACCUUUAAAAAACACUAAGAAAUUGUAAUUUGAUUGGGUUGGGUUUCUCAAUACAACACAUUGAAUAAAAAAAAUGCAAAUUGA